UAGAACUGAUUAUUGCUCUUCAGAUCAUCACUUCUUUCAUGUUAACUCUUGGGAUGAAGCCUAAUUUCCUCAUAUUACUCCUCAACCUCAUGUUUCUCCUUGUGAGCCAGAGUAGUGCGGCUAGUGAUGACAGACACGGCAACUCAGCUCAAGUUCAACAGCCGCCUCAGUUCUCCUUCCAUGGCAAGCCACUUCAAGAACUAAAUGGCAUAGUCAAAGCGAGCAAUGAUAAGGAGAAGAUGGACUUGGAAAGCCAGAAAUGGGACAACUACUUGAGAAAAAGUAACUCUGGAACCGGAGGGUCGCAAUCAAUUCAUCAACCUCAUCCCACCAAGAGCAAUGCAGUGAUGUUCACCCCUUGCUCCUACGUCUUAAGAUUUGGUUUUCUUUACCUUGCGUUCUUCCUCGCUUAAAUUGGGAUCGAGUGAUGAUGGAGUCAAAGGGAUGCUUGUUGAUGUCGAGGGAAUAAACUUCUUUCUAAGAAAUAUUGGUGAUUCUAAAUUUGCAACGAACUUUCAUGUUCAU